UCUAGCUUGAACUCACACUGCAGAAUCCACGCAGAGGAGAAACCAAGUAAAUGCUUGGUGUGUGGAAAAAACUUCAGUGACAGCUCAGGCCUAAGAUCACAUGAAAGAAUUCACGCCGGACAGGAAUCAUACAAAUGCUUACAAUGUGGAAAGGGUUUCAAUGGCCACUCAAACCUUAAAAGACAUCACAAAGUCCACUCUGAGGAGAAACCGUAUACCUGUUUUGAGUGUGGAAAGAGUUUCAAUCACCACUCAAGCCUUAAAUCGCAUCAACGAAUUCACACAGGGGAGAAACCGUAUACCUGUUUUGACUGUGGAAAGAGUUUCCGUUGCAGCACAGGUCUUCUAAUUCAUCGCAGAAUUCACACAGGGGAGAAACAGUAUAAAUGUUUGGAGUGCGGAAUGAGCUUCGCUCACAGCUCGAGCCUUACAUCUCAUCAAAGAAUUCACACAGGAGAGAAAUCAUAUAAAUGUUCGGAGUGCGGAAGGAGAUUUGCUCACCGUGCUAACCUUACUUCACAUAAGAGAACCCACACAGGGGAGAAACCAUAUAAAUGCUUGGAAUGUGGAAAGAGCUUCAGCCAGAGUCCACACCUUACUUCACAUAAGAGAACUCACACUGGUGAGAAGCCGUAUAAAUGCUUUGAGUGUGGGAAGAGCUUCAGUCAGAGUUCACACCUUACUGUGCAUGAGCGAAUCCAUACAGGAAAAAAACCAUAUAAAUGUGUGACAUGUGGAAAGAGCUUUAGUAACUGCACAUACCUUGUUUGCCAUCGCAGAAUCCAUACAGGAGAGAAGCCAUAUAAGUGCUUUGAGUGUGGAAAGAGUUUCAGCCAGGGUACAAGCCUUACAUCUCAUCAAAAAACUCACAGAGGGGACAAGCAGUAUGCAUGUCUUGAGUGUGGAAAGAGCUUCAAUCACAACUCAAACCUUACAUAUCAUCAAAGAAUUCACACAGGGGAGAAACCAUAUACUUGUUUUGAGUGUGGAAUGAACUUCACUAACAGCACAAGCCUUAAUUCUCAUCAAAGAAUUCACACGGAGGAGAAACCGUGUAAAUGCUUGGUGUGUGGAAAGAGCUUCAGUGACAGCUCAGACCUAAAAUCACAUGAAAGAAUUCACGCCGGACAGGAAUCAUACAAAUGCUUACAAUGUGGAAAGGGUUUCAAUCGCCACUCAUACCUUAAAAGACAUCACAAAGUCCACUCUGAGGAGAAACCGUAUACCUGUUUUGAGUGUGGGAAGAGAUUUAGUUGCAACAAAUACCUUAGAAAACAUCAAAAAAUUCACACAGGGGGAAAACCGUAUACCUGUUUUGAGUGUGGGAAGAGAUUCAGUCGCAACAGAAACCUUACAGAACAUCAAAAUAUUCACACAGGGGAGAAACCGUAUACCUGUUUUGACUGUGGAAAGACCUUCCGUCUCAGCGCAAGCCUUACGUCGCAUCAAAAAAUACACACAGGGGAGAAGCUGUAUAAAUGUUGUGAGUGCGGAAUGAGCUUCGCUCACAGCGCAAGCCUUACGUCUCAUCAAAAAAUCCACACAGGGGAGAAGCCGUAUAAAUGUUUGGAGUGCGGAAUGAGCUUCCCUCACAGCUCGAGCCUUACAUCUCAUCAAAAAAUUCACACCGGAGAGAAAUCAUAUAGCUGUUUGGAGUGCGGAAGAAACUUUGCCCAUCUAAUUAGCCUUACUUUACACAAGAGAACCCACACAGGGGAGAAACCAUAUAAAUGCUUGGAAUGUGGAAAGAGUUUCCGUCAGAGUGCACACCUUAGUUCACAUCGGAGAACUCAUACCGGUGAGAAGCCAUAUAAAUGCUCAGAGUGUGGAAAGAGCUUCAGUCAGAGUUCACACCUUACUGUGCAUUUGCGAUACCAUACAGGGGAAAAACCAUAUAAGUGUGUGACGUGUGGAAAGGGUUUCUGUACUAACACAGAACUUAUUUGCCAUCGCAGGAUCCAUACAGGGGAGAAGCCAUAUAAGUGCUUUGAGUGUGGAAAGAGCUUCAGCCAGGGUAUUAGCCUUCGUAUACAUCAAAAAAUCCACAGAGGUGAAAAACCGUAUGCAUGUUUUGAGUGUGGAAAGAGCUUUGGCCAGAGUUCAAGCCUUAGCGCACAUCUGAGAAUUCACAGAGGGGAAAAGCCGUAUUCUUGUUCUGAAUGUGGAAAGACCUUUACUUGCAGCUCUAACCUUCGUUCUCAUCAUAAAAUGCACGCGGGAAAGAAACCAUAAAGAUGCUUGCAAUAUAGUGGAAAAUUUGGUUUAUAACCAUUCAAGAAUUCAUAGAAGCAAGAAGCCACAACAAACUCACACCAAGUUAAAAGUAUUCACAUUUUUUCUCUGAAAAUAUAAGAGGGUGUGUCCUAGCCAGCAGCAAAGCUCAAGAACUGUUUCUCUCGUUCUUGGGUGUCUGUAGUGCAUCUCAGAAGCCUCCUCAGGCCAUUGUGACAGCAUUUCAAAUCCUGUGAGUCGUUCUGUUCUUUUUUAAAAAGAGGAAUUCAAGAAGCUGAGCGAGUCACAGAAAUGAACUGGAGGAUGUUGACUGUAAGGAACAGCUUUGAAUAUACAGUAGACGAAAGGAAGGACUAAUAUUUUCAAACUCUGUAUGAAAGUAUCUAAUCUGGAAAAAGAACAUGGACAGGCCCUAACAUUCAUGUGCUGCUUGUCAACUCCAGCAGGCUUUUGGCUGGUGCUCCAGGAGACAAGAUGGCUCCUUCUCAAAGACCCUUAGUCGUUUCCAGUGAACUAGUUCAUUAAGUAAAGAAGGUCAGGAUUUAUUGAUUUGUUUUGUAAUAGCCGGGUAGUUUAGAAAUGUUUAUAGUGAUUGUGCAUUCCCUUUCUUUGUUCCAGCGGUGUCCCACAUUCUCCUUGCACUUUGUAGAUGGAUGACAAAGGAGUAGGAAUUACUCUUGUAUUAUUAAGGGGAUCACGGAAUCCAUAGAAUUUCCCGCUUUGCAGAUUCAACCAGUCUAACUCUGAUCUUCUAAAACGUUAAGGGCUUCUCAAAACUUCAGUUGUUUUCUUUGCUCAACAGAGGGGUCCAUAAAUAAACUCUUAGAACCACUCCUUCCAACUUAGCCAGGGAUAUUUCAAGCAUACAAAUCUUCAGGAUAAACUUUGGUAGGAGUAGGAGGCCGCAUGCCUGGAGUUCAUUACAUGCACAGUUAGUGCCAACUAAUGUAGAUCAACUCAGUCGGCAGCUGUCUAUGCAGAGCGUUAAAAUAUAUCAAACACUAAUGGAUUAUCACAGGAAGGAAGGCGGAAAUCCAGUUUUCAUUUUGGAAAUUUUAACCUACUUCUGUUCAUAUAAUCGGAUGCCUCUGGUUUUUAGGCCAGGGAAGAAUUAAAACAAUGCAUGGCUCCAUUUUGAGAACUGGAUUUGGUGUUCAUCUCAGAGUGAAGAAAAGUUACUUAAAAGGGUGUGUGUGUGUUAAAAUUUUGAUUUUGAAAUACAGUAGACACUAAUAGCUAAAGAAAUAAAGGAAUUUCUACAAUAAGCAAUCAUUGUGUGCCUGUGCAUAUUUGGGGACAGGGGGAGGAGGUUGAAGGAAGGACUGGGGGUUUCAAAGAAAAUAGCUGCUCUCUUCAGAGCUCAGACAGAAGGAUAAGCAACAUGGAACGAGGACAACAUGGAAAGAGGAGCUGCGUUGAAGUCAGCAGCUUUGCAGGGGUGGAUUGGGACCACUGCUGUUUAUUUUGGACAUUUAAUACUUCU